CUUCAAUUCAUCCUGCCAUCUCCGAUCAGCAUUUGCAUUUACCAGACCUAUUCAGCCUAGAAAAUUACUACAAAAUGGGUUCCAACACUACUGCAGCUUCACUCUCUCUGUUUCUGUCCCUCGCCCUUGUUUUCGUUAGCCUAGUGAGUGCAUGCGACACUAAAACUAGCCCCGACGUACAGAAACCAUCCCCAACUCCUGCAGUACCAACUCCGACUUAUACUUAUGCUGCAAAAUGCCCCGAUGUCAUAAAGUUAGGAGUGUGCGUAAAUGUACUCAACUUGGUUGAUGUUGUGGUUGGAUCCCCUCCGACGCUGCCAUGCUGCAGUCUCAUCCAGGGCCUUGUGGACCUGGAGGCUGCGCUUUGUCUUUGCACUGCCAUUAGAGCCAAUGUUUUGGGCAUUAACCUCAACGUUCCUGUUGCACUUAGCUUGGUUCUCAAUAACUGUGGCAAGAAAGUUCCAACGGGUUUUCAGUGUUACUAAGUGAGGGAAUUCUCCGUAACUGUUUUAUUUUUGUUUGCUGUCAAAUUGUAUUAAUAAUUUCAUAUUUGUUGAUUCAUUAUAAUUCCGUCUGAUUUGUUGUUAUCUUUGUAAGUGUAUCUGAUUUAUAUAAAUGCAAACUUUUUUAUUCA